CCAUACCUCAUGCCUGCAUAAAGCUGAAUCCACCAUAGCGAAGCAAAAUCAAAUGGACCGGAGCAUAGAAUUACACGCCGGAGCCAUUCUUCUGUCCGUCCUCGCUUCUACUGAAAACUGAACUUGAGGUUGGUGGUUCGGGUCGGAGCUGUAACUCCGGGAGCGCAAACUGGAGCAGAGGGAAGGAAAACCGAAGCCUCGUCGUCGUCUGGGGGUGGAAGGAAGGAAGGAAAGAAGGAAAGAAGGCGAAUUGAGAGCAGAGGUCGUUCCGUAGAGGGAGGGAGCCCUAUCUGUCAUGUCACCGAGUGCCAAUGCUCGAGCCAAUUGGAAGUUCCGCAAGAGCAUGCAUCGCUCUCUAGCGGUCUCUGUCUGACUCCCCCCUCCUCUCUGAGUAUCUAUCUAUCUGCCUGUCGGGAAAGAAAGCAAGCCUGGAAGGAAGGAAGGAGCUCGACGACCCAUUUCCUCGUUCAUUCACUCACUCAUUCAUUUCUUCAACCGUGUGUCUGUCGCAUUCCUAGGGUUUGUGAGCAAAGUCAAGCGAGCAGGGUCGUUGCCGAGCGGAGGGAGGGAGGGAGAGAGAGAGAGAGAGAGAGAGAGAGAGAGGGCGGGGGAGGUCCAUUACUGGCGCAGAUAGAGAGGCGAGGGAGCCUUGGGUGCAAGUAGGAGGAAAGUAGAGUCGGACUGACAGACUGACUGACGCAGGCUGGGGUGCUCGCUCGGACCUGAGGUGGGAAUUCGGGUGUCGUUUUUGGGCAGUUCGCGAGAUAGUGCUCUUGGUGAUUAGCCCACCACCAUGCUACCCUUCACACCCCCGCGUGAACCCAGGGAUUUGUCAACGUCUUGAAAGCCUUCAGGUUGCCAGCCUGCUGAGGUUGUAUAAAAUUUUGCCAGGCAGUGUUCAUAGUUUGUUUACUUGUCGACGGGAGGGCCGAGCUCUUAGUACAGAGCCAAAAUUACCAGGCGGGGAUCGCGAGUGUUCAUGUCGCAGCCCCGAGUAACUGUAACCUUCGGGCGUGGGAAAUCCGGCCAGGUUCAAAGGCGUGCUACAGUGUAUCGCGAUAUGUAUUCUGAUCAAAUAAACGGAGGGGCUGGGACAAAUAGGAAAAGAUCCGUCAGGGAUCGUCUUGGGAAUUCUUCGGAUCAACAAGCUUCCGCCAAUCGCCCUCAGGCCAAUUCCAAGCGGCAACGACUCGAAGAAGGAGGGAAGUGGAAACACGAUCUUUACGAGGAAAAGGAACUAGUGGGCAUAAGGCAACCUAAUGGACAAGAUCUACGUUUAAGGCUAGGCCGAAAGAAUGUUGUAAGAGGAGGACAGCAACAUGUUGAAGCUGGUUCUACUGGCGGGAUUAAAGACUUGAGGGAGAAACUUUCGGGUCCUGUACCACCCACACAACUAACCCGAGAGAUUGCUGCUAAUCAACGACGUCUUGCCUCAGUUGUACGAGGGUCUGCGGGUAUAGCUUCUUUGGCCAAUGUGAGGCCAGGAGCCUCUCGCAACGUCAAUUUGUCGCACAAAUUGACUCCUUUAUCGCACAAACCGUCAGUACUGCCAAAACCUCAUCCUGAGGUGGAUGAGAAUUCUAUCGCUGGUCUAUUGCAAUCAUUGGGAUUGAGCAAGUAUCUCAUCACGUUUCAAGCAGAAGAGGUAGAUAUGGCUGCUCUGCAGCAUAUGGGGGAUGAUGAUCUCAAGGAGCUGGGUGUCCCUAUGGGACCUAGAAAGAAGAUUCUCCUUGCAGUUGGGGGUCGAUCAUAGGGAAUUUGCGUCACUGUUGGUGAAUUGUAAGAAAGGAUUCGGGUUACUGGAAUAGACACCCUGCCCCUGCAGCCUCUGGACAGACGAAAGCACGCUAUCACACCUAGAAAAGUACAGUACACGCCAAUUAGCGGAAGAUUUUGAUUCUUGGUUUGCUUUUGUAUCGUUCUUGUAAUUUACUUCUGAACAAAGCUGAGCUGUUUUUUAGGGGCUAUUGAUAUUAGUAUCUCUGAUAGAUCAUAGUUUUUGAGUACCUUUUGAGCUCAGAAGACAAAGCAAUUCCAAGAUUCAUCGUGGAUAAACGGGUAGUCGUAGUUGUCAAGGUGUGAACCUCAAGUGUCCGAUAGCCCCAGUAACCGACUGGCUCUCGUGCUCCUUGUGUUUGAAAGCGUUUGAGAUUCUAGGAGGAGCUUACACUUCGAAUGUUCUGCUUGCUGUAAACAAGGUCAGACAGGUCCAUUCUAAGCAUGGGAGGCACUUGUGGGCUCAAUGACGAGUCUAGUUCUCCUACGUUUUGACUCUGAAUGAGAGAGGAUGAAGUCCGGAGGCCGUCUGCAUUUUGUACUUCAAGCGUCUUCUUGUAGUCAACCAAACAUCGGAAUGAUUUUACUUUGGUUCCGGAUGUUGUCUGCCUGGUUGCUGUCCUAGAAUGGGAAACGAUAGCAGAUUAAUCUGUUCAUACGGAGGAUUGUUAUAUCUUCGAGAUCAUGAUGUAAAAUUUAUCUGGUGGGGAAGUUGUUCAUAAUUUGGCGGGUCGCCAGAGUAUGGGACACCAUCUAUAUUCGAGAGCUGGAGAAGCGAAGUUCUUAAUUAGCCUUGUAACUGUACUUUUAAUUUACCCUGGAGUACUACUGAAGAGUAGUCAUGUCGCUUUAUGUCUUUUGGGCCCUAUACUUAUAAAGCGAAAUAACACAUCGAA